UCUCGUUGAUUCAGUGAACCAAAUUUUACACGUGGGCAGUCCAUCUUAUUGCUCUUGACAUUGAUACGAAGCUUCAUUUUCAACUUUCCAUAACUAAAAUAGCUUAAGUUUCUUGCCUAGCUUGCUUAUAAAAGACGGGUUUCCCUCGUUUCAGUAAAACAUAACAACGCACUUUGUUUUAGGUGCUUUUGCUUUCUGGGUUUUUUUGGUUGCUUUAGCUUUGUGUUAGCUUUUUGCAGAACUUAGUGUUGUGUAGAGCAGAGAGAAGGGUUUGUGCUUUGAUGGAGAGUACAAUGACGAACGGUGUUGAUUUAGAUAACAAGGCUGCUAUUGGUGGUGGUGUUGAGGACGUGUAUGGUGAGGAUUUUGCCACUGAGGAUCAGCUUAUCACUCCCUGGACUGUCUCUGUUGCUAGUGGUUAUACUUUGUUGCGUGACCCACAUCACAACAAGGGGCUUGCUUUCUCUGCACAAGAGAGAGAUGCACAUUACUUGCGUGGUCUUCUGCCGCCAGCAGUCCUGUCUCAAGAGCUUCAGGAGAAAAAGUUGAUGCAUAACCUUCGGCAAUAUAAAGUUCCUUUACAGCGAUAUAUGGCCAUGAUGGAUCUUCAGGAGAGGAAUGAAAGACUUUUUUACAAGCUUCUCAUUGAUAAUGUUGAGGAACUGCUCCCAGUUGUGUACACUCCAACAGUUGGAGAGGCUUGCCAGAAAUAUGGAAGCAUUUUCAGGCGUCCUCAGGGUCUUUACAUCAGUUUGAAAGAGAAGGGGAAAAUUCUUGAAGUACUGAAAAACUGGCCAGAGAGAAGCAUUCAAGUUAUUGUCGUGACAGAUGGUGAGCGUAUUUUGGGGCUUGGGGAUCUUGGUUGCCAGGGAAUGGGAAUACCUGUAGGAAAACUUUCUUUGUAUACAGCACUUGGAGGACUACGUCCCUCAGCCUGCUUGCCCGUUACCAUUGAUGUUGGAACAAACAACGAGCAGUUAUUGAAUGAUGAGUUCUACAUUGGACUUAAGCAAAAGAGGGCAACUGGGCAGGAAUACGCAGAACUUCUACAAGAGUUUAUGACUGCAGUUAAGCAAAACUAUGGUGAGAAAGUCCUUAUACAGUUUGAAGAUUUUGCAAAUCACAAUGCAUUUGAGCUCUUGUCAAAAUACAGCUCAACCCACCUCGUUUUCAAUGACGAUAUACAGGGUACUGCAUCUGUGGUAUUAGCUGGGGUUAUUGCCGCUUUGAAAUUAAUUGGUGGAAGCCUUGCUGACCAAACUUUCCUGUUCUUGGGUGCUGGAGAGGCUGGAACUGGUAUAGCAGACCUUAUAGCUCUUGAAAUGUCAAAGCAGACAAAACUUCCAAUUGAAGAGACCCGUAAGAAGAUUUGGCUAGUGGAUUCAAAGGGACUGAUUGUUAGUUCUCGUAAGGAAUCACUACAACACUUCAAGAAGCCAUGGGCUCAUGAGCAUGAACCUGUUAAGGGAUUAUUAGAUGCUGUCAAGGCAAUUAAGCCAACAAUGUUGAUGGGAACAUCUGGAGUGGGAAAAACAUUCACAAAAGAGGUGAUUGAGGCCAUGGCAUCCUUCAAUGAGAAACCUGUUAUAUUUGCUCUAUCCAAUCCUACCUCACAGUCUGAGUGUACAGCUGAAGAAGCCUAUACAUGGAGUGAGGGCCGAGCAAUUUUUGCUAGUGGAAGCCCAUUUGACCCUGUUGAAUAUAAUGGGAAAGUUUUUCUGCCUGGCCAGGGAAACAAUGCUUACAUAUUCCCCGGACUUGGUUUGGGUUUGAUCAUCUCUGGUGCAAUUCGUGUGCAUGAUGAGAUGCUUUUAGCAGCCUCGGAAGCUUUGGCUGCACAAGUAACCCAGGAAAACUUCGAGAAGGGACUGAUAUAUCCACCAUUCUCCAAUAUCAGAAAGAUAUCAGCUCAUAUUGCUGCUAAAGUCGCUGCUAAGGCAUAUGAUCUUGGCCUGGCUUCUCGUCUUCCUCGACCAAAGGAUUUGGUUAGUUAUGCCGAGAGCUGCAUGUACAGCCCAGUCUACCGAAGCUAUCGUUAAACUCAGGAUAGAACUUUGCAUUUCCAGUUGCUACAUGACCCAACCCAGUCAUUUUUUUUGUUAUUUUCCUCUUUAAUUCCUUGAUGAUCAGAUUAUAUCUGGUCCUCUAUACGAGUGUAGUAGGUAAAAGUUCUUGGCAUUGCUAGGAACCUUUGUUUUAUUUUUGCAUGAUAAUUCUGUCAAAUUAUUAUUAUUAUUGAAGCAAAUAAAAUCUCAAUGAUUUCACCACA